AACUGAAUUUGGUUCCCUCUGUGGUUCGGUGUGUUCCCCGUGUGUGAAGCAUGGCCGCGGUGCCCCCCGACACUUGGCAACCGCCUACUGUUUCUAUGGAGACUACCAUGGGUCUCAUUGUUAUGGAGCUGUACUGGAAGCAUGCUCCCAAGACUUGUAAGAAUUUUGCUGAACUGUCCAGACGAGGUUAUUACAAUGGGACAAAGUUUCAUAGAAUAAUCAAGGAUUUCAUGAUCCAGGGGGGUGAUCCAACGGGAACGGGAAGAGGAGGAGCGUCCAUCUAUGGGAAGCAAUUUGAAGAUGAACUGCACACAGAGCUAAAGUUUACAGGUGCAGGAAUCCUUGCUAUGGCAAAUGCAGGUCCGGAUACGAAUGGCAGCCAGUUCUUCAUUACAUUAGCACCAACCCAGUGGCUUGAUGGGAAGCACACUAUAUUUGGUCGUGUUUGCCAAGGAAUUGGAAUAGUGAACAGAGUGGGCAUGGUAGAAACCAACGCACAAGAUCGACCAGUGGAUGAUGUGAAGCUCUUGAAGGUUUACCCAUCAGGCUAGACUAGAAUUGUUAAAUUCUUAUCUAAUACAGCUGUAUUUCAUCGAGUGUAUUUGUUUUGUUCCAAGAGAUACUAGCCAGUUACAUGGGUGCAGAAUGAUCCUAAAAUUCAUCAUUAACCUUUUUCUUAAAGCUGAAUUUAUCUAGAAAAGUUUUUAAGUUAUUUGAUGAGGGAAGACAGCACCAGAUUGUGGUAGUGCUGCUUUUGUAAGCUUAAUGUUGUGCCCCAUCAAAGCUUUAACUAGAACUUAGCAUUCAGUGUCUAUCAUAAAUGGACAAAGUUCCUUAAAUGUUCUAGAAGAAACCUGGUAACAUCUAAUAAUUUAUAAGUGAGCAGAACUGCUUGCUAAUUUGGUGACUACAUGGGCUUCAAGGCAAUGUUUGAGUGUGUCUUACAUUCCCAAGUGAAAAGUAAAUUGAUUUGUUGGAAAUAUUUUAAGAUUUGAUAAUGGCUUAAACAUAUAGAUAAUUUAAUGUCAUGCCAAGGGAUACAUCAAAGAUGCUACUGAGCCAGCACUCUUCACUGACACAAAACUACUUUUUUUAAAUCUUAAAGUAAUUAUUGAGGAUAGUGCUCACCAGUGCUGAAGUUUGCUUUAUUAAGUUUUAUAAUGACAAUAAAUUGUUCAUAUAUGGAGGAGAUUCCUGUUGCUGUGUCCUGUGAAUAUUUAGGAUUCUCUGAAUAUGUUUACUAUACCUGAAGUAUUUCAUAGUUGGUAUGUUCUCUUGUACAUAUCCUUUUUAUCAGAAAACUCCUUGUAACAAAUCUUCAUUCUCGUCUCUUAACGUUGAAUAGAGCUUUCAGCUAGGAAUAUGUAUAUGAAGAAACAAGGUUCAGAAUGUAAUUGGGAGAACUACGUAAACCAGUCAGUUGCCAAGAGGGAGAAAUUUUCAUUCACUUUGAAGGCAUUUUUAAAAGCCAGACAGGCAGAUCAAAGCCAUCUGUGAGGCUCAGUUCCUCCUGGAACUUAAGUCCUCCUGGGCUUAUGUCACAGCACAGGUUCUGUAACACCUUGAUGUUCCUAAAGACUAGCAACUAAGGCUCCUUUCCUCCUGUUAGAGCUUUUCAGGGCCAUCCCAAGCUAUUUUGGCACCCAGAGUGUGAGGUACAGUUUUGGCACAGAACCUCGUGCCACCACUCUUAGCUCCUGAACAGCAUAAAAUGGGUUGCUGAGUUGGGGAACACUUGUAUCCUGAGAUACCAAUUUCUACUAUUUCACAUUGCUCUAGCAUUGCAACCUUUAUUGGUGUUGCUGUACUGUAAGGUGCUUUAAAUAUUUAUUUGGAACACAGUAUAUGUAACCUUCAAACAACUAAAGAUAGGCCCCAGUUUGGAGUUGCCAUGGUUUGAGCAUGUGUUUCAAAUAAAUAGCCAACAAUGAACAAAUCCUGGUUAGAAGUCACCAUGACUUAAGUAAUCUACCUCAAAUCCACAGAAAAAACCCUCUUUACAGUAUGCCAACAGAAUUAUUAUUAACUAUUUAAAGAAAUCCAGCAUCUCUCUCUUUUUGCACUGGGGAAGUGCUUUAGAAUCACAGAAAAAUCUAUCAUUGGCAAGGUCACUUUCAGUCGAAAGCACCACAAGCCCUACUGGCCUGUCUUGAAACAUUGAAGAAGGGAGUUUCUUCAAGCUUAAAGCUCUGAAAAGUUUAUCUCACCAGAAGCAACUGGGAUAAACUAACUCAGAAGUAUGCAGAGUGCAGUGGCAACACUGGGAGGGGAAUCAUACCUGACUACAUAUGGCAGUGUUUGAGUGGUUGUUGUGCUGGUUUUCACACUGGCAACUCAGGGUUCUCUUCAUAGCUGCAACCCAUCUAUACCUCUAAGCUUUAGGUUUUCCUCAGUAAGACAUUCUUCCCAAUACAUACAGUACUUCUUCUCUGAGAACUUUUCCAGUUUCUUGCUGUUGUCUAAGAAUUGAAACUAUUUACUGUGCUGUAUUCCCCAACACAGUAUUGAAGAAACUUAUAUGGAAUUGAACUUUAGGGCCGUAAUAGAUUCGGCUCUUCCCUCGUAGCUGAACAGCCCCUGCUCCCAAACACACAGGACCUGUACAGGGAAAAUAUUGGACCAACUCCCAUUUCUGUUCCCUGCCCUGUUGCAUCUCUACAGCUUGCUGGAAACCUUCCCCACUGUGAUAUUGUUUCAAAAGGAACGUUUUUAUCUUUUCUAAUGCAUCAGCACCUUUUGAAAGUAUGUAGAAGAUCAAUGCCUGGUGCUACAGCUCUUCAAAGAGAAUGAAACAGUUGAUUGUGGGGGUGGUGCUUUUGUAUGCUUAAUUUUGUGUCCCACUAGUGUGUUAACUAGAAUUUGGCUAGUGGAUGACUGAAGGAAAAUGAUCUGUCUUCACGCUAAAUAUGCUGGUGAGAAAAUGGCUUCUGCAAAAUUAACUAUGGGAAGUCACCGACCAGGAAUUGCCUAGGGUGUGUCUAACUCAGCUUCCCUCCCAUCUGUGUAGCUGUGGCCAGUGCCUGCCAGGCCGGCAGUUCCACCAGCGCUGUGCCAUGUCAUGUCUGGGAUGCGCAGUUGCACACAUUACAUGGAGGAUGGGGCAAGGGACACAUGCUGGAUGCUUCAGCUCUGCAGGGCACAGGGCCACUGUUCCCUUGGCCUGCUCUUCAUGAUGGUGCUGAGCUUGUAGGCCGGGGGUUCUUCUGUGAAAAUAUGAUGAUGCAUGCCAUAGUGAUAUGGCAAGCACUAACUUAGAGAUAGGCCACCUGGUGUCCUCCAGAUAUGUUGGACUACAUCCCUGAUCAUUGGCUGGGGUUGAUGGGAGUUAUAAUCCAAAACAUCUGAAGGGCACCAAGGUGUUUAUGCCUGCAUCAAAGAAAGGCAAGUCUUGGUCUUGCAUGUCUCUAAAAAUGCAUUUGGCAGAUCAUAGAACUCUCUUAUAUACUAGGUUCAAACCUAAAAGACUAUAAAUGAUCAUUCUUUUGCUAAUGAUAAGACUCAGCAUGCCUUAUUGGUAUCCAUUUGUGUUAUUGCUAAAUGAUGUGGAAAAUACAAUGGAAGUGUUUAUCAAAAAGGAAAAAGACUGGUGGUCGUGCAUCGUUAGCUUGCAAAGAAGGAUUUCAUCAAUAUUAAUUACCGAUUUAUACCAGCAUUGAUGCAUGCAGUCUAAUCUUGCAUUCCCCAAGGUUCUUGGCUAUGCAGUCUUCUGAUACCGUAUAUAAAUACAGUGUCUUACACAAGUGUGACUGCUGCUUUUUUCGUUUGAUGAUUCCAGUGCUACUAAAUUUCUUUUGAAUAUUUUUAAUUAAAGAAAAUGUUUUGUAA